AAUAUCGCCGCGAUUAUUUUCCCAAAAUGUAAACAAAAACAAAUGUUGAUGGUGAGACUUUUGUAUUCUUCGAUUCCUAUAUAAUUUUAGAAGUGAAAAACUCCAUAAAAAGUUUAUAAGAUGCCCACCUGGCAGCAAGUCCAAUCCCAGUUAAGAAAUUCAAACAAUCCAGUGGUUUUCUUUGAUGUUUCUGUUGGAACCACGGAAAUCGGUCGGAUGAUCUUCGAAUUAUAUGCAGAUGUUGUGCCCAAGACAGCUGAGAACUUCCGACAAUUCUGCACAGGAGAGUACAAGAAGGAAAAGGAUGGAGUGCCUCUGGGUUUCAAGGGGGCAAACUUCCAUCGAGUUAUCAAGGAUUUCAUGAUCCAGGGAGGAGAUUUUGUCAAUGGCGAUGGAACUGGCGUAAUGAGUAUCUACGGAGGAACAUUCCCAGAUGAGAAUUUCAGUCUCAAGCAUGAUGCUCCGGGACUGCUGUCAAUGGCGAAUUCCGGAAAGGAUACAAAUGGUUGUCAAUUCUUUAUAACUUGCGCCAAAUGCAACUUCUUGGACAACAAGCAUGUGGUCUUUGGGAGAGUUUUGGAUGGGCUGCUGAUAAUGCGAAAAAUUGAAAAUGUCCCAACUGGACCAAACAACAAACCCAAACUUCCGGUGACGAUUUCUCAAUGUGGACAAAUGUAGAAUUUUAAGAAUUUUAUUUUAAUAAAUAUCAAUUGUGUCUA